GUAUGUUGUUCUUCAGUACUGCGUCAUUCCCGUACAGGCCAGGCGCGGCGGACAUGUACUUGCAGUAGAAACUCCACAUUCACAAUCACAAUGGACCAGGAAACUGUUACUAUUUUGGAUCCGUCUCAGAUCUACAGGCCAGAUGUCAGCGAGAAGCAGUUUGAAGGGACUGAGUUCAAACCAUCAGCCAAGGAAGUCCAAACCUUCCGACAAUUUGCUGAGCAUUCUCCCGAAGAUGACCCCCAGUUGGCUAAGGUCCAGAAUACUUACAAGCUGAUGCACACACACCAGACCGUUGAGUAUGUCCGUAAGAAACACGAGCAGUGGGGCAAGUUUGACCAUGGCCAGUUCUCAAUCAUGCAGGCGUUGGAGUUUAUCAACACCAUCAUUGACGAAUCAGAUCCAGAUACGAGCGUGCCAAACAUUUACCAUGCCUUCCAGACCGCUGAACGAAUCCGAGAACGUCACCCCGACAAAGACUGGUUGAUCCUGACUGGACUGAUUCAUGAUCUGGGCAAGGUGAUGGCAGCUUGGGGGGAACCACAGUGGUCCGUCGUUGGCGAUACUUUCGUUGUCGGCUGUGCUUAUGGGGACUCCAUUGUCUACCGAAAGACCAGCUUUGAUGACAACCCCGAUUUGAAAAACCCUGCUUACAACUCUAAGUGUGGCAUUUAUGAAGAACACUGUGGCUUGGCCAACGUGAUGAUGUCAUGGGGCCACGAUGAGUACUUGUACAAGGUGAUGGUUGAGAACAGCUGUAAGCUUCCUGAAGAGGCUUUGUACAUCAUCCGCUACCAUUCCUUCUACCCUUGGCACACCGGUGGUGACUACAUGCACCUGUGCAACAACAAGGACCUGGAGAUGCUCAAAUGGAUCCGUGAAUUCAACCAAUUCGACCUGUAUUCCAAAUGUGACAGUUUACCUGACCUGGACGCCCUCCAGCCGUUUUACCAGACGCUCAUCGACAAGUACAUCCCGGGCACCCUGAAGUGGUAGACCACUGCAAUGUGUCCAUCCCACCUGUCUCUGCUGCUUCUGUUAAAAGUGACAGCCAGAUGCUGCCCAAAAAUGAGAUAUAACCAGACACCAACACUUCUUCAUCGUUCAGCCAUUGGGUGUUGUGGCAUAUUUUAUCCCUAACAGUGCCGAACCAGUCAAACUUCAACACCAGUAACGUGUUUGACUUUGUGGAAUUAGGUAUUGGGAACUUGCUUUAUGGUGUUGGAUUCGACUGUAGGUCUGCACUUACCCUGUUGAAUUUUGGCUGAAUGGGUACUGUGGCCCUCUCACUUUUUAGUUUUUUUUACUAUCAGGAAUUUUAAAUGAAGGCAGAUUAUCCGUAAUUAUCUGAGUACAGUAUUUUUAGAGAUAAUGUAAUGAUGGAAAGCUUCCUACUGAAACAGUAAGUAUGUAAUAUGUAAUAUUAUAUAGCAAGUCUGGUCCGAGUUAAUUUAGCUCAUCAGGCUGGUGUUUAUCUCCAGUUUCCUUGGCAUGAAACUA